AGCGAGCUCUGCUCUCUUCUCGUCCAGCAUGGCCGCGCUGUAUGAGGGAUACACGUUGUGCGGGCUUGUUCCAGCUCAAAAUCAGUUAUAUUCAGGAAUUCAGGGGGUCGAAGAGGAGAGAGACAGCGACCAUGUCGUCGUCACCGACUCAACCCGAUCUGUUACGUUGUAUAAGGUAACAUUAAACGCUUGUUUGGAGGAGGAUCCGCUAACCUGGGCUCUAUGACCUGCUUGACUCGUGUUGGCAUCCGUGUAGCAUCAGUGACAUAAACCACGAGAAAAGACAAGAUUAGAGUAACAUCAUAACUAGCUUUGGAAUUGUGUUCCAUAAUUUUCACUGCUAAAAAUGUUAUGAAAGUGUGGCACAGGUCGAAAUAGUCUUGUUGGUCAAAACAAGCAAAUGUUAGCUUACACUCGCUGUAUUCAUAACACACGCGCAUGUUGCUUUUUAUUACGUGCAUGAACAUUUAAGUUGAUUAGAUUUUGCCUUAAAAUACAGAAGAAACAGAACAUCUUUUUAGUUUUGGCUUAUUUCUUUAGCAAAGAACUUAAACACAACUCACCAUCUCUUCCAGCAGCCACUUGUUUGUACGGACGAGUUCAUCGACUUCAGCGGUGCGACGCAGCUCAAGGAAGAACAUUUAUGAUCAUUACUUCAUGGAAAUGCAAUCAGACCGAGACGCUAAGGCAGAAGAACUACCGCAUCUGCAGUGCAAAAUGAUUAAUAUGAUUAUAACUUAAAGGAAAUGAUAAAGUAAUGAUUAUAAAUGUUCUUCCUUGAGCUGCGUCACCCCACUGCAGUCGAUGGACUUGCCUGGAGGUCUCUGUACAAACAAGCGGCUGCUGGAAGAGAGUGGGUGAGUUGUGUUUGGUCUCUUUGCAAGACGCUGAGAUUGGAUUGAGGCCUGGUUUGGAUUUUGGGGUGCUGGAAUCGGGGUCUCAGGAUUGUUUUAGUAGUUUUUUUUUACUCUUUUCAUUGCAUUAAUUUUAGUCUUUCCACUGUGAAUGCAUUGCACAUGUAUUUAUUAUGUAGUUGUUCAUUUAUUGCUGAUUUGUGGUGCUGAAAGGGGAAUGUUUGGACUAUGAAUGUCUGGAAAUUGUCUGUUCCUGAUUGUUGUUUGUUCCUUAAUUUAACAACAAGGUGGGUUACUGUGAACUGAAUUUCCCUUCGGGAUUAAUAAAGUUGUCUGAAUAUGAAUCUGAAUCUGAAUCUAAAUCUAAAUCUAAAUCCAAAGAAAUUAGGCAAAGAUAAAAAGAUGUUUGGUGGCUAGUACUAUGGCUAGGACCCCAUAUGUACUGUUGAUGAAGUGAGGUGCUGUUCUGAACAUUAUUUGUGACUAUAGAGUGGCGUUUUGGUCGAGCGCGUGGCUCUCUGUAUUGCCAUCUGCGGCUGUUACUGAAGUUGGUAUAACUAGAGAAGCAAGCGGUCGGCAACAUUCAUCUCUCAAUGGGGUGUCUGAACUUAGGUGUUACGGUGUGUUUGACCCUAACUUAAUUUUACACCGGAAUAUCUCUUUAAUAACAAGCAAAUUUAUUUGCUUGGAUGCCCAGAUGUCCAUAAUCUAGUGGCUGGCCAAUGUAAUUGUUGGCUUAGUUUUAAAUACACCUAAAGCAAAACUUGACCACCACUGGUUACCUGUAAAUAUCGAGGUUCAUCAUCUUUUGUCUUAUUUGUGUUUUGGUUCUGACAGGUUUCUGACCAGAAGCCGCUGAGCAACUGGACAGUGAAACAAGGACAGACUCUGACCUGUCCAGCAGUCUACAACGCAGAGACGCAGGAGUAUGUGACAGUAUCGGACAGCAAGGUAGACUUUCAGUCAUUCCAGUACUAUCACACAGGUCUUUAUGGAAGAGACACUAGUGAUUGCUUUGGCUGCAACACCACCUGUACAAAUAUAAUUGUAAUAACAACAAUAAUAUUAAGGCAGUUGCUUGUCCGACUGUUGCAAAACAAUAUAUGCCUCUGAUUUGUCUUUAAGGUGAUCAGGAUUUGGAAGGAAGAUGACAUACACUUGGAUAAGACAUUCAAAGCAACUGUAAGUACUGAUCAAGAUGAGAUAUGACUGUUGUAUCCAGCUGUAGAAGCAGCUUUAUCUGUCUUUGUCUUUUAUUUUGCAACCAAGUGUUCAUGGAGCAUUUACAGUUUCUGUUCAUUCUGUCCACAGGUGUCAUCAGAUGUUUGGAGAGUUCACUCUGCACCAGGAGGGGAGCCUGUGGUCUUGUUUCAAAGAGGGGCUGUGAGGCUUUUGGACUCUCUCUUGUCUGCUCCUCAGCAGCCCAUCGAGGAAGUUCUUUCUCAAGAAGAAACGAUAAGGUAAUCAUCGCUUCUCCCUCAUGGUUUAUGCAUAUUAAGAUACCUGCCAUGUUUGAUGUCAUUACAUCCCAUUUUGAAAGGAUCUAUUUUUUAAUGCAACAUGUUUGAUGAGUUCUUAUUUUGUCUUCAGGUGGAGCACCUUCAUAAGGGCAGAGUCACAACAACUUGUCAUCUUCACAACUGAACAGGUAACAUCACUUUAAUUGUUUGAACUGUGACAACAACCUGUUUAGUUUGAUAAAUUAAUGUUUUAGUUUUACUGUGCUCAAACCACAAUAACAAGCUGUAAAGGUGUGUCAGGGCAUGCUAACAUGCUUGCACUGAAAUGUGUUUGAAUAAUCAGUUUUAAGACCUAGACUAAAAUAAAAUGAUUUUUUUCUGUAACUGUUUUCACAACUGAAUCAUUUUAUUUGUUAUUUCUAAAAGACCUUAUCAUCUUGAAUGGAUGUCUUUUCACAGAAAGGGGAUAGUUUCCUGUACCUGCAGAGACUGAACCCUAACACCCUACAAAAGUACCGACUGGAGAGAGAGGAGCCUGGUCUGUCCCCGCUCAGCUUCUCCGCAUCCUACAGAGACAAACAGAUCGGACUGCUUUAUCUCUGUAAGCCUUGACUUCCUGUAAAUGCAUCUAUCGUGUCCGUACCUGACUGUAAGAGCUAAUUUUAAAAAGAGCUCAUCUCAGUCAAGUACAGCUAGAAGUAAAGGAUCCUGGUUGUGAAUGCAGGUGGAACGCCUGCUUAUGGCCACAGUGAGGAUUUUAGAAAAUCUGAGGGUGUUUUUAUUCACUUUCUCUUUUUGUGUCUUUCAUACAGACCCUAAUGGCCAUGUGUACCAGAGUGUGGUCUCUGUUCGAGGUCUGGGGGCUGAAGAGGGGAGCCAGGCUCUUUCGCUGCCCCGCAGUCUGCUGCUCUUACUCCCUGUUGGUGAGGGUCUGCUGAAGGCAGCAUCAGCCCUGGUCCUGGAUGAAGCCCACGUGGCUCUUGUAGGGGUUCCACAUCCAUCUGCUGGAGCUGGUAAAGGUAAAUGCUGAACUACAACAAGGCCUUAGAUCAGGUACCUAAAUGCUCAGGCAUCAAUGUGUCAGGGUUUUCUGGAGUAACUGCUACCUUUACAUUCUGGAAAUCUUCUCAAAAUACCAUUGAUUUAACGUCUUUUGGGCUUUGUUUUCUGAAGGAGCACAUGAGGUGCUAACUUGCAGGAAUGUUGCUCCAGUGUCUAAUGAGAGAGGAUGUGUGUUUGCUCCACUUUUCAGACUUUCUUUGCAUCUGGAAUACCAAUUUCCAGACACUCCAGGCAGGAAAAGAGAUGGCGGGUAAAAUCUACGGCCAGGUGGGACAUGUUUCUUGUUUAUGACCAGAGAGUGAUAUUUAACCAUGCAAGCAACAUGGCUCAGGGGCUUAUACAGGACAUCCACUGGUGUGUGCUGCUGAGUUUGAAAGAAUGCAUGAUCCCCCUCUCUCCUGUCCCCACUCAGGCUCAAUCAUUAAUAAGUUAAUAUCUGCAGGCCAAGGUUCCCUGUCCUUCCAGCUGCUGGGUGCUGAUGGAGGACUGUAUGACUUUGGUAGAGCAUAAUGUCUGCCCUCCACUGUGACAGGGCUUACUGUCCCUCCUCACAACUUAACUGCAGUUUACAAUCUGAACUCUGAUUCAUUUAUAGACCUGUUGUGCUCUCCAGAUUAUCACCAUUAACAUGCGUCAUUUAUUCAUGUUUGGAUUUGUUUUCUUCUUUUUCCCUGGUCUAGCUUUGGAGUUUUUCCAAUAAGUUAUUCAUCCCACAUGGAAAAACACUCUCUGUUAUUCCAUAUGAGUGCCCCAAAUCUUGCCUGGCCUCUGCGCUGGGCAAACUAAGGCAGGCAAAAAGUGAAGGUGAGAUCCUUUGCAGUGUUACACAAUGAUAACUUUGAGCAGAUGCAUAAGAUAACCACCAUACUUUAAAAUAAUAAACAUAAAGAAGCUACAGGAAGAUUGUGAGAACUACAAAUUCACUCAUUUGUCAGGUUUAUAGUUCGGCUGCAUAAAUUCGCAUGUUUGCUCAUAAUAUAUAUUUUUUUACAGAGUCCAGAGCUCCAGCCUCUGUACCUUCAUGGAACAGUCUUCUGCAUGGAGAGAAAGCUCAGCCCUCUAGGGCAGUGGAGACCAGGAAGACUGUAAGUUCUGUCAUCUGUUGAGCUUUAUUGAUGGAGAGCUUGACUAGGGCCGAAAUCACACUCUCUGCACACAGCGUUUUCCAGACCAACAGUGUAUAAACAAAUUAUUUUCAUGUUGCUAAUUAGCACUUUUGCACCUACCUGCUGCCUGAAAUCUUUUCAACUGGUGAAUUACUUGCAGACUUUCAAACUAUCUGCUUUGCUGGGGAAUGCGCAUAUGAGGCAGCUAUUGUAUUUUACAUUUCUUAUUUUUCAGGUUAUAUAUAAAAUAUUAUUUUUAUUUGUAGUACACUGUAGGGCUGGGCGAUAUGGCCUCAAAUCAAUAUCACUGUAUAUUGAGCAGUUCACCCCGAUAACGAUAAAUGGACGAUAACUACUCCACAAGCUGCUCACCCCCUCCCACAUUAACUUUGUCUACUUCAGCCGCAACAACUUUUGAACCGUCCUCCAUCUCCUCACCUGUCUUUCCCUCUUUGUUACGGACUGGAUGGAGUGGAGUCACAUCUCUGAUGUAGGACAGCGUCUUAAAGGGACAUGAAACCAUAACCUACCUACACUCAUCCAAAACCAACUUUUAUUUAUUUAAUUUUUGACACAGAAUAUAUUGACAUGGGCAAAAUGACGUCAAUUAUUGACGUAAAUUUCAGUAUCAGUAAAUUUUCGGUUUAUCGCCCAGCCCUAGUUCACUGUAUUUAGAAGUCUGUUGGGUGAAAUUAAUCCUCACAGUUUCUUAAAGUACUGAUCAGACACACAUUGAUACCAGAACGAUAAGAGCAGUAGGACUCUGCCUCUUUGUAAACAUAGCUGUAUCUGCACCUUGUUAAAAGUAUCCUGUAUUAAUUGGAAGUUUAUGCUUCUGUGUAUUUCUGAAUCUCUUGUACCUGAAGUGGUUUUGCUCUUGUCAUUGUCAUUCAUCAUAUUUUUUUCUCCACUAAUGAAAUAGAGAACAACUCGAAAGACUCAAUCAACACCCAGUUUAACUAUUGACCAAGUUCUGGAACUCAUCACGGUAAAACUUUGAUAUUUUUAUGACUCUCUGGCAAAUGGGAAAAUUCCUGUCCUAUGAUUUAUAUCCUUAUAUUGACAUCACAUUUAAAUUCCAUCAUGCAGACGGCUCCAGUAGAAGAGGUCCAGAAGGAGGUGGAUGGGUUCCUAUCUAGGUCAGAUAUUCAGGAGUUGCAGCUCUCAGUGGGACAGCUAGCAUCAUCCCUUGUGUCCCGAAGCCUCGCUGAUCCGGCUUUUUACACCCCUAGCACCCUGGCACAGCUGGUGCACACUCAGUCUCUCUGCCACAGGUUUGUAAAUCCUUGCCGUGGAGCAGGGUUGAUGCUUUUUUUAUUGGAAAAAUUUUUGAGUUAAAACAUGUUUACUCCCAAGACUGAUAAAUCUAAAGUCCAUUUUUAUGAUGAGUGUCUGUAUUGUGCAGUAAAACUCCUCACUGGAGCUUUAAUUACUGAUAGAAUGACUGUACCUUUGCGAGAUCUCGAUAAUAUGACCCCUUAUCUUCUUCUCCUUUAUCAGUGUGUGUCCUGACCUUGUGCUCCUGGCCUUGGAGAGGAAGGACUACUUUCUGUGUCAGCUCUGCUUGCAGUUUUUCCCUGACAUCCCAGAGGCUGUCACCUGUGCCUGUCUUAAGGCUUUUAUCAGGUAAAAUUAAUCAUUUGCAAUUGCUAAAAAUCAUUUCUUCAGAAGUUUUUUCAAGUUGCCUAAGAAAUAAAAUUCUAAUUAUUAUAAAGGCAACAAGUAAGGUAAACCAGACUCCUUUCUGUAGAUCUAUAAGAGAAAGCUGAGUCCUCUUCUUCUUAUGACAAAGGUCUGCUAUCAAGAAAUAACAGACUGCUCUAUGUAAUAACUGAUCGGAACCAUGUAAUAAACGCAGCUGUGCAAUAAUGCAAUCAAAAUGUGUUAACUGUGAUAAAUUGAUUGAUAACUUAUCAGAUUUUCAUACUAAGGAAAAACAUUUUUCACUGUUUCCUGUUUCUAGUAUGCCAGACGUUGAUGCAGAGAAGGCGAGCCUGGAGCCCGACAGCGUCUCUUUCAUGGAAACCCUUAUGUCUGGGCAGCACGGCCCAACAGGCUUGCAGAAUGGUUUUUGCCCUACCUCGGGUGACGAGGACCACACAGACACCCUCAGCGGAGGGGGCACUGUUGUGAACACCAGGGCAGAGGACGAGGAGAAGACCUCAACCCCACCAGAACUCAUCUGUCCCGUGGGAUUACACAAAGCCAUCCUGUUGUAUCCUACCAGCGCACAACCACUCACUCACAACACACUUAGCUUUCCUGUCAAAUCAAGUAUUUUGUUGUGGUGCUCGACAUAAUGACUGUGAGCUAGAGGGUUUGUUACAUAUUUUACUUUUGUCUCCACUUUUGAUGAUCUUGUGUUGUGGCUAAACAGUGUAAUUACAAACUGUGAAAUGUUUAUAUUCAAAACUGUUUAGAGGUAUGUGAUCUUAACUCAAGUUGCACAGAAAUGAAGUCCUGCAAACGGCGUACAGCGAUACUUUCCUUCUCCCACACUUAAAAGAUCUCUCCUCUCAAGAUGUCGUUGUGAGUAGCCUAAUAACCUACCAGUUUUUCUCUGAAAUAUUCAUGAAAUAAGUGGUGUGUUCCUCAAGUAUUUAACAACCAUAAAAAUAAUAAUGCUUAUAAUAUUUUGAUUUCUCUCUGAUCCACCAGCUUUUCCUCCAAUACCUGCAGUACCUUUACAUGAAGUAUUCCCAGGAUGCUUUUCCACAGAUGCAUGGAUUGAGAUCACCUAGUCUGUCUCAGGUCAGUGUCAAGUUCUUACUAGAUGAUGUCGAGCUGUUUUAGUCUGAUUUACACUUCACUUUAACUUUAAAUACUGCGCUUAUAACAUGAAUGAAAAUAAUGUUUUCCUUGUAUUGAAUUCUAGAUCAUGGAUUGGGUAGGUUUGCUGUUGGACGCACAUUUCACAGUCCUAGUCAUGACCCAAGAGGCUAAAGGGUUACUGUUGAACCUCCACCGCUUUGUUAAGUCUCAGGUAACACACAGGCUCUCUCUUUUUUUUUUCUUUUGUUACUUGUUUUAUGCCAAGAAAUCAGUCCAAGAAAAAGCGUGGAAUAUAAAAAAAUGAGAACAUUUGCAGGAGCCUGUCAUAACCAUUUAAGAGCUUUGCUUUUAUUGUGUCCUCAGGUGAGGCUGGUGUCUGAGCUCGGAAAGAUUGAGAGCAGCCUACAAGAGCUCAAUAAGAGGAGGGGGAAGAAGACGGACAUUGGAAAAUACUCCAUUGAAGUUAUUGAGCUGUUUUAAAAUAUGUGCUUUAUAUUUUUAAUAAAUCAGUGAACAUGUAUCUCUAUCCAACUUUUCACCAAUUAUGGUUUUGAGUUGGGGAUUGUCCAGCAUGGUACAAUAUCAAGUGUGUUUUGGCUGCCUCUCAGAACUUCAGUUUAAGUUUACGUUCACAGUGAAGAAAUUGCAGCUGUGAAUGAGCCAUGCUUUAACGCAGUGAGGACAAUAUAAAUAUUCAGAUGUUAUGGCUUACCUGGACAAAUUGUCCAUCUUUAUCUUCGUUGAUUAUUGAUAAAUACACCUGAGUGUGAGAGUGAACUGCUUUUUUUGGUGUUUUACACAAUUGAACAUUUGUAAAUCUGUAAGCUGUGACUUUGUACUUUUUACACAUAAGCUUUUCAUGUUGAAAACAAAUAUACAACAAUAACAGAGCAGACAUCGGAUUUUUUCUUGUGUGAUGCAUGACAUCCGCAUGCUGUCAACGAAAGAUCACAAUUUGCAUCCCAAUAAUGCCAUUUAUAUAUACCAAUAGAUUGCUAUAACAUUUAAGUUUAAUAAACUUUCAGAGUCUGGUGGACAGAGCAGGGCCAUACUUUUGCCUUAUAAGAAAAAAACAACUGAUGCACCUACAUUUUGACCAAAUUUCAACACAAGUUUGCUAAAGAGGAAAGUGAAAAUGGUAACAGCUAUUACCAGAGUGAAAUGAUUAUGGUGUUACAGCUGUUGUAACAAUAACAUGAAACUAAAAGGUGCAUUUUGUAUAAUCAAGUUUAGUCUUAAAGAUUAAAACAAGGCAUAUUGCAUGGAUGAAAACUAAUUAUGCCAACUGAGUGAAAGGGAGUUUUGUUUGUAAACCCACUGUUAUCGAUAGCCUUUGCAAAUAUUUCAGCGCGAUAUAUCACGACUUAGACAAAAAAAAAAAAAAAA